UGCUCGUCUUGUUGAGUUGGGUAGUGAUUGUGUGUUCUCUCUCCCCUCCUCAGUAGGUCCGUCCGUUGGGUGAAUGUAGGCCAACUGCAAACUCCCUCUUUUAUUCCUCCCAACCAAAAAUGUUAAUGCCGUCUUCUUCUUAUUAUCUCUUCAAUCUUAUUUAUAUCCUCCUCCUCCUCUCCCACCUCUCUAUCUCAAUCACCCAAACGGACUGAUGGCUCCGAUCAACCUUAAGCCUUCACGGAACUCCACCACGCAGACUCUCACCACUGCCGCCGCCUCCUCUCAGGACGCGCGUCUUCUCGUCCGCGAAACGCUACGCAUCAGCGCCAACCUCGCCUCCUCUCCUCCGAUUGCACCGCUGGUUUCGCCACCGGAAGAGGCGAGGCAGCUUGGGCUUGUGGAGGAGGAGUUUGUCAAUUCGAGCUUGAAAUUGAUCUGCUGUGAGGAGAUCGAUGGCCGGAGAUGGAAAUAUGUCGCUGAUAAGGACUCCGCGGGUCGAUUCCAGAGGAAUUCCAUCCGUGCCAUAGCUUUGCAAUCACCACAAGCUCCUAUGCAGGACCUGACAUCAUUCGUAAGAUCUUAUGUGGUGCCUGAAGGCUUUCCUGACAGUGUUACUCCUGCUUAUGUGCCAUAUAUGACAUGGAGAGCUUUGAAGCACUUCUUUGGUGGAGCAAUGGGAGUAUUCACAACUCAAACCCUUUUGAGUUCAGUUGGAGUCUCUAAAAAUAGAUCCACUUCAGCAGCUGUUGCUAUUAAUUGGAUUCUCAAGGAUGGUGCUGGUCGAGUUGGAAAAAUGCUUUUUGCCCGGCAAGGAAAGAAAUUCGACAAUGACCUAAAACAGAUGCGGUUUUCCGGUGAUCUUCUCAUGGAGUUGGGUGCUGGGAUCGAGUUAGCAACUUCAGCUUUUCCGCAUCUUUUUCUUCCUUUGGCAUGUGCUGCUAAUGUGGCAAAGAAUGUUGCUGCUGUUACAUCAACAUCAACUCGUACUCCGAUUUACAAAGCUUUUGCUAAAGGAGAAAAUAUUGGAGAUGUCACUGCUAAAGGAGAAUGUGUUGGAAAUAUUGCAGAUUUGCUGGGAACUGGGCUGAGCAUAAUGAUCUCAAAGAAAAAUCCUUCCUUGGUCACAACAUUUGCUCUUCUUUCUUGUGGAUAUUUACUUAGCUCUUAUCAAGAGGUCAAAUCUGUAGUUUUGCACACUUUGAACCGGGCCAGGUUCAGUGUGGCUGUAGAUUCCUUCCUAAAAACAGGACGAGUGCCAUCAUUGCAGGAGGGAAAUAUCAAGGAAAAUAUAUUCACUUUUCCAUGGUUAAAAGAUAACCCCGUUGUUCUUGGACCAAGGUUCAAAGAUGCAUUUCAGGACCCAGCUGCAUAUGUUGCUGUAGAACCACUCUUCGAGAAAGAGAGAUAUAUGGUAACAUAUAAUCCUUCAAAGAGUAAAGUGUAUGCACUGCUUAAGGACCAAGCCAAAUCAGAUGACAUAUUAAAAGCAGCAUUCCAUGCUCAUAUGCUUUUGCUUUUCAUACAAUCCUCAAAUGCUAGCCAUCCUUUGUCCCAGAAGCAGUGGGAAUAUGGCCAUUCUAAUCUUUUCCCUGAAACUACUGAUAUUGAGGCUCAGAUUGCUGAAUCAUGCAAGAUGGUUGCAACAUUAUAUGGAAUUUUCAAAAGUAAAGCUGCUGAACAGGGUUGGAGGAUGUCAGAGUCGCUGCUUAAUCCUGGCCGAGCUAGGCUGUACUAAGUUAAAUGGGACAACUCCCCCGAAGUCAUUCAAUUUAUGCAAAGUUGCCAGCGUCCCACUGUUUUGGUUGAUUUUGUCCUUUGACCAUGUACAGCCAACCCAAGGCUACGGGAAGUGUAUGCAUAUACAAUGAUGAAGAGAUUCAUGAUUUUAUAGGGUUGAAAUCAUGGGAUCUAUGGGGCUCGUCAAGCUGGUAGGUUCUCCAUAUAACCUUUGCACGGACACAUACUGCUCGAUCUCACGGUAUUUAUAGAAAAAUGACCGUAGAGUUUUUGCAAUUAGCUAUUAGUAUGAAGUUGCAUUUGUAUGAUAGCAUAAAACACGUAGUUUUUGUUUUUAUUGCCCCCAAUUUUGAUAAUGACGUCCUUCAAGUUGAAGCUGCUAUAGACUUCUUUUGUUUUUCCUGAGUUGUCUACUUUGCCUGCGAAUUUCAAUGCAAGUAAAGCUAUACUCAGUUUUUACA